AUGGCCUCUGAAGCACCACCCUAUCCACGAUUUGAGCCCGGUGAUCACGAUGCUUUCAUGGAGCUCGCCAUCGAGGAAGCCAAAAAGUCACAACCAGAUCCGGGCAAGUUUGCCGUCGGGGCCGUGCUCGUCGACGCCGACACGGGCCAGGUCCUCUCCUCGGGGUUCUACCUAGAGUACCCCGACGACUACCUGGGCGACGUUGGCUCGACCCACGCCGAAAGGUCCUGCUUCAUCAAGAUCGCUAAAGCAUACGGUAUCCCUGAAGACCGCAUCCACAAGGUGCUGCCACCCAAUACUGCCGUUUAUACGACCUUGGAGCCGUGCAGCGCGAGGCCCAGCGGCGACACGCCCUGCAUCAGUCGCAUUUUGGGGCUCCGGAGCGUCGUCAAGACGGUCUACGUGGGUAUCAGAACGCCAGGGGCAUCCCCUGCGCGCGACUAUGGGAAGGAGGCCCUGGAAGCGGGCGGUGUAAGCGUCAUCUAUCCAUCUGAACACCUGAAAGACAGGAUAACAGAGGUCUCCAUGGCUGGGGGAACCAAGGCUUGA